AUGAAGACGCCUGUUGCUCCCUCCAAGACUCUUUUGCGCUUCCUGCGAUGUCAAACUGAUCUUGCCGCCCUCGUUCCUGCGCCCAGUUGCCUGCGCCUUUCGCCCGUCCACCAGAAAUCAUAUCAAGGUUUAACAACGUCGUCGGCUCGACUGUCGCGCACUACAUCUUCUGCCACCGAUGAUAUCUGGCAUCGACAUCGUGAGCCCUUCAAGGCACUGCCUCCUCCAAAAUACCACCCCCCAAGGCCUCUUCAAUCUCGGAGUGCAAGCACAGAAAGCCACUCACCCGGCUUUUGGCGACGCUGGUUGCGCCAUAGACAAGCCUUAGCUCGAUCCAAAAUCCCCCUCGACGCUCGCGCUGGGAACUCCUACGAGGAAACGUCCGCUCAGCUCUUCAAUCUUUCGCGGACCUUGUCUAGAAAUACUACCGGUGCAGAUCUGAAACUUCGCUGCACCGAGUUCGAUGCCAAUGGGUCUGUCACCCUGGUAUCUGGCGAAUUUAAGAAGUCGGAAUUGAUAGCCAAAUAUGGCCUUCUGCCACGGGAUCUCAGGAAGAUAGAUUCCUCCGUCUUGCCUCACAUUCUUGUCCGACCAACAGCCAUUCUCAUCAACCUACUUCACCUUCGAGUCCUGAUUCAAUCUGAUCGCGUCCUAGUCUUUGAUGCGUAUGGUAGCAGCGAUUCCUACACGCAAUCACUAUUCAUGUACGAUCUGGAGGGCAAACUCCGACAAAAGCCUGACCCGAGGAAUGGAUCGACAUAUCUACCGUAUGAACUACGCGCUCUUGAAGCAGUCCUCAUCUCGGUCACCUCAGGCCUGGAAGCCGAAUUCGCCCUUGUCCGCGAACCAGUUGCUCACAUCCUUCAGGCUCUAGAAGAAGACAUUGAUCGAGACAAGUUGAGGCACUUACUCAUUCAUUCCAAAAAGCUGGGUACCUUCGAACAAAAGGCACGAUUGGUUCGGGAUGCCAUUGAUGAUCUGUUGGAGGCCGAUGACGAUCUCGCUACUAUGUAUCUCACUGAGCGAAAAGCCACUGGUAAAACUCGUGAAGGAGAUAAUCAUCAGGAGGUUGAAAUGCUGUUGGAGUCCUAUCACAAAAUCUGUGACGAAAUUGUUGAGAUUUCUGGACUCUUGAUCAGUAACAUUCGAAACACAGAAGAGGUAGUCAAAGCUAUUCUUGAUGCAAAUCGAAAUCAGCUUAUGCUACUCGAGAUCAAAUUUAGCAUUGGCACCUUGGGGUUGGCUGGUGGCACCCUCGUUGCUGGACUCUACGGCAUGAAUCUUAAGAACUUCAUUGAAGAGUCUGAUCUCGCCUUCGGAAGUGUUAGUGUUAUCUGUUUCGCUCUAUCUGCCAUGAUCUGCGUCUAUGGCAUGCGGAAAUUGCGGAAAGUACAAAAAGUUCGGAUGUGGGGCGAAGGAAUUGAUGUUUUUGGACGGCAUCCAAGCGCAGGCGGGAGAGGGAAUUGGCGAAAUGAGGCGGUUGAAAGUCAAGCACAACGCCUCGGUCGACUAAGAAGGAGCGGUGCCAAUUUUGCGACCCAUCCAGCUCAAUCCGGACCGGUCCUCUGGCCAGGUAUGGACGGCCUAGGAGUACAUAAGCUCAACACCGACGGUGAAGAUGACCGGCGAGGUGGCGAGCUCGACACGAGCAGCGACGCGGACGCACCGGUGCAUGAGCAUUCUCCAACUGCGAUUCAUGACGAUUUAAACGACCCUGAAGCGAGGACGAGGACCGAUGCGAGUCAAGAGAAGGGUGCGUCCGCGAAGAGUAGCCAUCAUGGCCGCCACCACCAUCGGCACCACGAUCACGGACAUGGCCAUGGCAAUAAGUGA